GGGGGGGGGGGGGGGGAUUUCUCUCUUCGCUAUAUUAGGACAUAUUUUUAAUCAUUUGUUUUUGGAUUAACGGGAACCCCUCCCUGAGUAAUUGAAGGACCUGCUCUGUGUGUCUCUCUCUCUCUGUGUGUGUGUGUGUGUGUGUGUUUGUCAGAAUGAAGGAUUAUAAGGAGCCGAGAGGAGGAGGUCCACGGAUCUGGGCGCUGGCUCUACUGCAGGUUCUGGUCCUGUGUGUGAGUUGGACCCAGGCUGCCCUUCAGAUACCCCCAGACUACAAACAAGAGAACCUGAUGAUGCCCCCUGUGAUCACAGAGCAGUCUCCUAGGACUCAAGCAGUCUACUCCAGCGAUGAGAUCUCACUGAAGUGUGAGGCUACCGGACAACCACAGCCCACGUUUCGCUGGACCAAGAAUGGCCAGUUCUUUGACCCCAAGGCUGACCCCCAGAUUGUGACCCACGUUGGUUCUGGAACCUUCUCCAUCGUCACCAAUGGCAACAGUGGCUCGUCCUUCCAAAAGUACCAGGGGCUGUACCGCUGCUAUGCGGCCAACGAACUGGGGACCGCCAUAACUGCAGAGAGCAGACUCAUCACUGAGAGUCCCCCGAAGUGGCAGAAGGAGACGAUCGCCCCGAUCGAGGUGGAGGUGGGGGAGAGCGUUGUGUUGCCCUGCAAGCCCCCAGUCAGCACAGCGCUGCCCAGAAUCUACUGGAUGGACAUGAGUCUGCAUCAUUUCACUCAGAGCCCGCGGGUGACUCAGGGUCGCAACGGUAACCUGUACUUCUCGAAUGUGGAAAAAGGCGACACCAAGAACAACUACAUGUGUCACGCGCACUUCAUCGGAGCGCGCACCAUCGUGCAGAAAGAGCCCAUCGAGCUGCGCGUGCGAGACUCGAACUCGGUGAAAAACCGCAGGCCCCGCCUGCUGAUGCCCGAAGGAGAGAGGAGCUCACACGUGGCAUUGAGAGGACACAGCCUGGAGCUGGAGUGCAUUGCAGAGGGGCUCCCAACCCCUGAGAUGACCUGGGUGCGGAGGGAAGGGGUGAUGCCGGAGGGGAGAGCAAUCCUGGAGAAUUUCAACAAACUGCUGAGAAUCGAGAACAUCACAGAGUCGGACGAUGGAGAGUACCAGUGUACUGUGAGCAACGUGGAGGGCAGAGAGACACACAUCUACAUCGUCUCUGUGGAGGCCGCCCCUUACUGGGUGAGGCAGCCGGAGAGCGGGGUGUACGGGCCGGGCGAGACGGUGCGUCUGAACUGUGACGUGGAGGGGAAACCCAAACCCAGCGUGGUCUGGAAGAUCAACGGGGAGCCCCUCACAGACACAGACUCGGAACUCAGUCACAGUGUGAAGGGCAGCUCUCUGAUUCUCCACAAUGUGCAGUCAAGAGACACAAGCGUGUUCCAGUGUGAGGCCAACAACACUCAUGGGACCAUCAUCGCUAACGCCUACAUCUACGUCAUCAGCCUCCCCGCUCAGAUCCUCUCUCCUGAUGAUCAGCUCUACAUCGUGGCCGAGGAUCAGGAAGCCUUCCUGGACUGCAGGAACUUUGGAGCACCGAGGCCAGAGGUGACCUGGUCCCGCGAUGGUAAAGACUCAUUCUCUAUCCUGGAGAACCCACGCUUCUCUCUCUACACUAAUGGGACCCUGCACAUCACCUCUGCGUCUCGAGAGGACAGCGGGCAGUUCAUCUGCACCGCAAACCCCGAGGCAGAGAACAUCUCCAUCAGCGCCACCCUGGAGAUCCGCAAUAAGACGGUGAUUGUGGUCCCGCCUCGUGAUCAGAGUGUGCCCAGUGGAGGCACGGCUGAGUUCAGCUGCAAAGCGUCGUACGACAGCCGCCACUUCCAUUCCAAACAGCCGGACCCCAUGUGGAGGAGAGACGGGCACAAGAUCGCAGAGACAGCCGACAGCAGCAAGUACGUGUUCGAUGGUCACAAGCUGGUUAUCGAUGAGGUGGAGGAGCAGGAUGAGGGAGUGUACACCUGCAUUGCAGCCUCGUCAAUCGACUCCGAUGAGGCCAGCGGCAGACUCUUGGUCCUCGAUUCUCCAGACCCCCCAGUUGACCUUGUGCUCUCGGACCCCCAGAGUCGCAGCGUCGUCCUGUCCUGGACCCCUGGCAACGACCACAACAGCCCCAUACUGGAGUAUGUGAUAGAGUACUCGACUAUGCUGAAUCAGGAUGUGUGGAGUGAGCUGACGAGAGUGAAGGACAGUGAGACAGCCGCGUUGCUCCACCUCUACCCCUUCCUGAAGUACCAGUUCCGAGUCAUUGCCGUCAACGCGCUGGGAAAGAGCAGAGCCAGCGAGGUGUCGGACUCCCUCGAAACACCUGCCUCAGCUCCAGACAGUAACCCGACUGGAGUGAGAGGAGAGGGGAACCAGACUGAUAACAUGAUCAUCCACUGGCAGCCUAUCAGGCAGCUGCAGUGGUGCGGGCCAGGGUUCAAGUACCAGGUUUUGUGGCGGCAGGCUGACGAGUCGGAGUGGCGCGAGGCGUACACCGAGUCCCCCGUGUUUGUGGUGACGGGGACCCCCCCCUUCACCCCCUAUCACAUCAGAGUGAGGGCCACCAACGAGAGGGGCCCGGGGCCCGAGCCUGACACCAUCACGGGGCACUCAGGAGAGGACUUGCCUCUCUCUAGUCCUAUGAAUGUAGCUGUGGAGUUUCUCAAUCGCACCCUGGUCAAUGUGACCUGGAGCCCUGUUCCCAGAGAGAGUGUGAGGGGCCACCUGAAAGGAUACAAGGUGAGGGGACACUUGCACUCAUUCGCACGCACACUCACUCUCACACUCACACUCACAGCUCACCCCCCCCCCCCCCCCCCCGUCUCUCAGGUUCAUUAUUGGCGGUCCCGCACUCUGCUGGAGAGACCGAAGCGCCACGCGUCGGAUCGCUUCUCCCUCACCGUGCCGGGGGGGCGGAGCCACGCCCUGCUCUCUGGCCUGCAGCCCUUCAGUGUCUACUACGUGGAAGUGAGGGUCUUCAAUGGGAGAGGGGAGGGGCCGGCCAGCGAGCCGCUGCGAUUCGACACGCCCGAGGGGGUCCCCGGCCCCCCUGCCUUUCUCUCCUUGGACAGCCCCUCAGAGUCGCUGUUGAUUCUGCAGUGGCAGCCCCCCCUGCAGCCCAACGGGAAUCUGACUGGAUACGAGCUUCACUACCAGCAGAUCAAUGAAUCUGGGAACAGCCACCUGAACGACGUGGAGUUCAAGCCGCAUGAGUUAAACUGGACCGUGCUGGAAGUGGACCCGCGCAGCCUGUACCGGUUCUAUCUGAAAGCGCGCACGAGCGCUGGAGUGGGGCCGCAUGCCUUCAUUGAGGGCUCCGCCCUGCUGGAGGGAGCCCUGCCCAAGUUGGACAACAUCAGCAUGGUCUCUGGAAAGACCUACUCUAAUAUCAGCUGGGUCCCGCGCGAGGGCUACAGGGGCGUGGAGUUUCAAAUUCAAUACCUCAACAAACACCGGUCUAACAGUCGCUGGCAGGUUCUGGAGAAGGUGAGCUCGACCCAGUCCUUCUAUCAGAUCCAGAACCUGGAGCCUGGGACGAGUUACCGGGUUCAAUUCACCGUGAAGAAUAAAACGGCUGACGUGUGUUUCUGGGAGCACAGCAUCCAGACUGCCGGCCCGGCCCUCUCUGAGCUCCACGAUGGGUUUGCCACACAGGGCUGGUUCAUCGGGCUGAUCAGCGCCGUGAUUCUGCUGCUGCUUAUCCUGCUCAUUGGAUGCUUCAUCAAGAGGAGCAGAGGGGGCAAAUACUCUGUGAAGGCCAAGGAGGAAGGACAGGUGGACUCAGAGGCCCGGCCCAUGAAGGACGAGACGUUCGGAGAGUACAGUGAGAACGAGGAGAAGCCCGACUCCGGCAGCCAGACCUCGAUCAUCGCGGAUCUGAAGCCCCUGGGCAGCGACGACAGCCUGGCUGACUAUGGGGGCAGCGUGGACGUGCAGUUCAACGAGGACGGCUCCUUCAUCGGCCAGUACAGCGACAAGAAGGAAUCCAGCACGGCCGCGGGCCACGAGAGCUCGGGGCCCGCCUCCCCAGUGAACCCCCCUGUCGCGGGGCUGCUGGAGUGAGGGGUCGGGGGAGCAAGGGUCCCAGCCUCCGAUAAAGGAUACCGCAGCCCGACGCUUAGAAAAGUUUGCUAAACUAACCCUCAUAAAAGAUUCCCACAGUAAAAGCAUUGCAAAGUGUAAUAAAGCCCGGCAAAGCAGAAAAAUCGAGUUACUCGAGAUGUUACCAUGCAGGAAUCUUUUAUCAGGUGUUACUGUGUGAAGAAUCAAAACGCCACAUUUUACAACAUUCCAGCAUGCUCAAUAAACUACAGUACUGAGAUCACAGAGAAGGGCAUUAACUGUGUACUGUGUUGUUUUUUUAAAUUGAUUUCAAACAUGCUUGAUUGUAUUAUAGAUGUUGUUGUAAAUUGAACCCUAUUAGCAACAGCUGCACUUCUAAUGUCGCUCAGAGUGUAGUUUCAGCGAAAUGCUUUUAUCCAAUGACUUACAAUCUGUUUCUAAGUGUCGGGUGCCUCCCUCCGAUCUUGUUAAGAGCGUGUUUCAUUCUCAACGUGAAAAACAAAAACCACGGCUGGAUAUUGCAAUGCUGCGGCUAAACUCUCCUCCCCUUUAAAUCGCGGAGGCAGGGCGUUAAAGGCGAAGCCAGUUUAGCCUCAGUAGAAUAUCCAGAGCAUCCAGCUCAACUUUUGACCCCAUUCCUGAAACCCUGUGGACCAAUCGCAUUGCUUU